AACGCGAGCGGCAGCGGCCCGGGCCCCGCGGUAGCCGCCAGCGCGGCACGGCCCGGCGGGCGCGCACGGCGCGAGCCCGCGGUCACCUCGCUGCCUGGGGGCGCUGCGGGCGGUUCUGCGCGCCCCGGCGCGGCGCUCGGACUCCAGACCAGCCCGGCUGCGGCCGCGCACAAAGGACCGCGGACACCGGGCUCCGGGGGGGCUGCGCCCAGGGACCGGCCGGGACCGGCAGCCGCACCGCGUUCCCUGCACGCCUCCCCUCCCCGGGUGCCGGAGCCCGGGCCGAAGUGGGCCCCGUCAUAUGACAGCGGCGACACCGCGGCCAGCCUGCGCGCGUGCUGCUCGUGGGUCUGCACCACGGUCGCCGGCGCCGGGGGCGGCCCACGCCGCGCCCCGCUGAGUGCUCGCCGCCGCCGCCCGAGAUCCCCGCGCCCCGGCGCUCGGGCUCCGGGGGCAGGAGCCUAGGGGAGCCCCCCGCCGGUGCCGAGCCUAAAAUGGCCACGCUGCUCCGCAAAAUCGGGCUCAUCCGCCUGCACAACCGGGACACCGAGGACCCCAAGCACCACCACAACCACCGCGGCGGCGGCGGCCAACAGAGCGCGUCGCUGCGAGGCAAGGGCGGCGCCAAGAGCGGCGGCCACAAGCAGCAGCCCCCCGGGGGCGCGGGCGACGCGAGCCCCGGGCCCGGCAAAGGCAAGGGCAAGCGCGCGGCGGAGCUGGCCCCGCGCGACAAGCCACCGCAGCCGGCGGCGGGGGCGGCGGGGGCGGCGGGCGCCGGGGGCCCCCGGGAGCGGGCGGCGGGCGCCAGGGCGGGGCCCGGCCCCGCGGGGGCGACGGCGGCGGCGGCGGCGGCGGGCGGCAGCCUGGUGCCCGCGGCGCGCCAGCAGCACUGCACGCAGGUGCGCAGCCGGCGGCUCAUGAAGGAGCUGCAGGACAUCGCGCGCCUCAGCGACCGCUUCAUCUCCGUGGAGCUGGUGGACGAGAGCCUCUUCGACUGGAACGUGAAGCUACACCAGGUGGACAAGGACUCGGUGCUGUGGCAGGACAUGAAGGAGACGAACACCGAGUUCAUCCUGCUCAACCUCACCUUUCCCGACAACUUUCCCUUCUCGCCGCCCUUCAUGCGGGUGCUCAGCCCGCGCCUGGAGAACGGCUACGUGCUGGACGGCGGCGCCAUCUGCAUGGAGCUGCUCACGCCGCGCGGCUGGUCCAGCGCCUACACGGUGGAGGCCGUCAUGCGCCAGUUCGCCGCCAGCCUGGUGAAGGGCCAGGGGCGGAUCUGUAGAAAAGCCGGCAAAUCAAAAAAGUCCUUCAGUCGCAAGGAAGCCGAAGCCACCUUUAAGAGUUUAGUGAAGACUCAUGAAAAGUACGGGUGGGUCACCCCGCCCGUCUCUGACGGCUGAGGUCGCACUGCGCAGUAGACGCUAAGCCGCCACCCCACACACACAGACGCCCACAUCUCCUCCUCAACGCUGAGCAUCCUCCACCUUUUUCUACUCCAGUUGAAUGGAAUCCUGAAUGCCAAGGAGACACUUAAGUUAUUUAUGAACAGAUGUGUUUACAGAGAGGAAGAGCAAGCAAAUGCAGUUUGGGAUUAGGUUUCGAUUAUAAAUGAAUGAUCAUCUCUAAGUCACAUGUGGAGAUGGUGACAUUUCCCAGCCUGCCUGCCCCUCUGCCCCGCCCCAGUCACAUUGCCCGUAGCUUCUUUCCAUGAACAGCACCUCCAGAGAGCAGCAGGAGAGCCAGUGCCCACUGCGCCACCCAUUCACACGUCAAUGGCGCCCUCGCAUUCAGUAGGAAUGCCUGCAUCGCCAGUACAUAUUUGCUGUGCUCUGUAUCUGUUUCUCUCCCUGGCAGGCCACCAUAACUUGAAGACGUGUCUUUUCUGUGGCCCCGUGUGACGACAUGUAGACCUCAUUUGUGCUAUGACCUCUGACUCAUGAAAACAGAAAUGUAAUAUUGCCAGGUUCCAGUGAUUUGAAACAACAGCCGCCUGCUUGGUUCAACGUGCUCUCUGUGCUGACGUUGUGGUGUGCGGCUGUCCACAGGGAAGCUGGUGCCCUUCAGCGAAAGGCAGGGAUGCUGCAGCCACAAUGGGCACACGGUGCAGAACCAGGGGCUUGACCCCUGGGGUCAGAGCAGCGGGUGGUUAGAUGUGGACAGUUUCUUUCUGUAUUCUGAGAUGCUCCUACAACAGUGCAUUUGUGUUCCUGUUUUCUCUCAGCUGGUCAACCCACCACCAAAUGCAAAAGACAAUUUCCCACCCACCGAGGACAUCAGACUCAUUUCAUCAUAUGUGCUAGUGACAGGGAAUGCCAGACCGCCAAAAGGUACCGAGUGAUUGAUGAUUUGCAUGACCCGGUUUCCUUCUUCACCCAGUAGUCACGUGUGAGUCCCCAGGCUGGGGUGUGUGAGCACCCUGGCUGUGAUAUAAACCACCUGUUAUUUAAUCUCCCCACAGUUUCAUUUUUCUCUUCUGUUAAGUUACUUAGAACUUUCUAAGAAACUCCAUGAAAUGAGGAAAUACUGUUUAUAAUAAUAUGCGGGGAAGAGGUGAAAUGUUCAUUCCAAGUGGAAAAUCCUAUUGGACACAUUUUAAAUAAAAUCAUGCAUACCUGGCA